AUGGCAAAAGCAAGAGAGGAUGUGUUAAUGGAUGAUAAAUAUGUGAAGAUGUUCAACAGGGUCCUGAAAGAAUUGAUGGACGUUAUGGCUGUGAACAUUGUAUUGGACAUUUUUACCCAAGAAUUGAACAAGGAAGUGGGAGGCGAAGCUAUCAAACCAUCCAUAUACCAAAUAUUGUUGUUGCUGCUACAAAACGUGAAAAGAAAAUGCAAAGAAGGCCUCAAAAAACACGAUGAAUUGUGGCGAUUCAUUAGGAACAAAAUGAAGGUAGCUUUUGAUCACACUGAAAAAAAGUUAGCAAUUGUACCAAACACAUAUAAGCACAUGGAAAAACGCAACCAGGCAGCGCCCAUUGUUAUACAGCGGGCCUGGAAGAAGCACGUAGACAAACGCAACCAGGCAGCAACCAUUGUUAUACAGCGGGCCUGGAAGAAGCACAUAGACAAACGCAAACAGGCAGCAACCAUUGUUAUACAGCGGGCCUGGAAGAAGCACAUCGACAAACGCAACCAGGCAGCAACCAUUGUUAUACAGCGGGCCUGGAAGAAGCACAUAGACAAACGCAAACAGGCAGCAACCAUUGUUAUACAGCGGGCCUGGAAGAUGCACAUUAGAAAACGCAACCAGGCAGCAGCCAUUGUUAUUCAGUUUGCCUGGAAGAAGCACAUGGACAAACGCAACCAGGCAGCAGCCAUUGUUAUACAACAGGCCUGGAAGAAGCACAUGGACAAACGCAACCAGGCAGCAGCCAUUGUUAUACAACGGGCCUGGAAGAAGCACAUGGAAAAACGCAACCAGGCAGCAGCCAUUGUUAUACAACGGGCCUGGAAGAAGCACAUGGAAAAACGCAACCAGGCAGCAACCAUUCUGUCGCAUUGGAGAAAAGGUUUUAAGACAGGACAGCAGAAGAAAGCAGUCAGAAAGGCUAUGGUCAGAAAGUUAGAAACUGAUCAUAGGUUUCAGAUUUUUAAGAAAGUCUCUGAGUUUUGCCAACAGAUAUAUGAAACCAAGUUGCAUGGAGGGUCGAUCCAUGAACAGUGUUUGAUCCUCAAUAAGGCAGCCUUAAUUAUGGAGACAUGUUUAACCAGUUUUCAGAAUAGGUGGCUGAUUUUGCGUGAAGAAGAAAGUGCCAGGAGAAUUCAGGCAUGGUACAAAGGCAAAAAAAGAGCAGCUGUGACUAUCCAGGCCUUCUAUAAAGGUUUUAAAACAAGAUCCAGAUACCAAAGGAUAAAGAAAGCCACAUUGCUAAUCCAAGCUGGUUCGAGAGGUCUUGUAAAGAGAAGAAAAUACAGACGUAUGAAGAGAGCCACGAGCACCAUACAGAGGGCUUAUAGGAACUACUGCCACAACAAACUUGUCAAGUAUGAACCAUUUCGUGAGCAUCUAGAUAUUUAUCUUAGUCUGGAUCCGUUUGUGAGGAAUAAUGCACAAGGCAGACAUCUAACAAAAACGGCAGAGAAUGAAUGUCGAAAACUUCACUGCUCCCUACAAGAUAUAUCCUCACUGUUCCAAGCUCUAGGAAGAUUGUCUGAACAUUUUAUAGGAGAGAGAUUCUUACCAGAACGAAUCAAUGAUGGCACAAUGCUCUUAGAAAGAUCAGUAAAAACAGAUGCUUAUGUCUCCAAAUCACAGCUGUUUAAUGUUAUAUCAACUAUACAGAAUGUUCUUCAUACAGAUUUUGUUGGAAUUCAUGCCCAGGCCAUUCCAUCAGUGAAGGCUUUCGCUUACUGGUUGUCUCAGUGUUACAGUGAAACACAGAAAGUCAACUUAGACGGGGAUAAAAUUGUACAUGUAUCUUUGAUAUCUACACUUCUGGAUUCUAUUGUUCCAAAGCUCUCAAAAGAGAUACCAGAGAAGAUGGUUCAUUCCACUGCUCACGUAUUACUGUCAAUUACCACCACUGUCAAGCCAAAGUUCCUCUUACAUCGGUCCAGUACACAGACCCUGUGUAAACGUGCUAGUCAAGAAGCUUAUGAUGGACGCACUGUUGAAGUGCAGGUAUACGGAACCUUAUCACACAGUCUUAUCCUCCCCUGGCCAAACGAGAAUGACUUGGAUCAGAAAUGGGCCAGUAGAGCUGCAGAUCACCAGGCGUUCUUUAGACAGCUGGCCAGACAUUCCCUACAUCUUAAAGACACCAGGACCCUCACAGCAAACAAAGGCUUUCAGGAAGAAGGUAAAUCUGUAAUAAAGAGGACUGCGCAGACCUCUAGGAAUUGGAUUAAGAAUGUUGCUAGAGAGGUUGUAAAAAGUGAACAGAUCUGUUACCAGUCGUUACAGGGAGUUAUAGAUGUGACCCCAGCUGUGUUUUCUGUCUACCUACAUCAACCAGAUGAGGCCGACUCCUUGAUGAGUUUCUUCUUAGCCUUGUUCCAGGAAUUUAGGAUUCAGAUGGGCGUGGUCUUGGCAGAGCAAACUAAACAGACAUUUAUGACCCUCUGUACACAAGAGCAGAUAGCAGAAAGUAAAUGUCAUGAAAUCACAGCUUCCCACAGAGUUGUAGAGAAGUUGUUUAAGAUUUCAGAACUUAUUGAACAAGAGCCUGGGUCAGCUUUCAAAGCAUUUUUACCAAAUGUGAUAUCGAUGUGCAUGGAUCCGAUUUAUCCACUAAUAACACAGCGUCCAUUGCCUGACAUUAAAGUUAGUCUGUAUAGAUUAGUCCAUGAGUUAAUGAUGAACAACUGGAGAUAUUUCUUCAAAGGAAGUGUAAUGAAGACAAUAAGUGUACAGUACACUCCUCAGAAUGGAAACGGAGAGAUUCAGAAUGGAGAGGAGUUUACUGCCAUAAUGCAGGAGAAAAAGGAAAAGAAGUUCAAGGUAGAUGAAAUGAAGAAGCCUAAAAAAUUAGGGAGAAUGAGAAGAGUAGCACACUGGUUUAGAAAGACCUUUUUUAGUUGUGGAGGAAAAUCCAGUUCCUAA